AUGCGCACGGAGGGCGUGUAUGAGCCAUAGCUAAUCUCAUGGUCGUGUCUGAGCUCUGCUGAAGAUUAGCGGAUAUUAAUUUAACAUGUCGGAGAAGAAACAGACCGUGGACCUGGGCUUGCUGGAGGAGGAUGAUGAAUUUGAAGAAUUCCCAGCUGAGGAUUGGACCGGUUUGGACGAAGACGAGGAUGCUCAUGUGUGGGAAGAUAACUGGGAUGAUGACAAUGUAGAGGAUGACUUUUCCAAUCAGUUGAGGGCUGAGCUUGAAAAGCAUGGAUAUAAGAUGGAGACUUCGUAACACUGAACGUGCUAAGCUGAAGAUUGUUUCAUCACAUUUGACCGUUAUUGGUUCCAUCUGAACGUUUUCAAAUGUGAUUUUGCUUAUUUCUUAUGUAAGAUGUCAGGAAUCCUGAUCUUUGCCAGUGGAGUGUGGAAAAUGGAACAGAAAUAAUGUGUGUCUGUGUGCAGAGAGUGUGAGAGUGCAAGGUUUUUGUUUUGUUUCGUUUUUUUAAGUCUUUGUUCCACAUCCAUUAGGAUGGUGUUAAUAUUUGUGAUAAUAAACCAAUUCUCUACCUA